CGUUACCCAUUGCGUAAGGCUGAGCUGCGAACCUUAAUGACAGCUUUCCAAACGAUCUUGAUAGGCGGUACCUAGUACCUUAGCUGCUUAGCUCGCAUGUAGAUCGAGAAAUCGCCUACCUCCUUCAACACUACAGAUGCACAGAGCCGUCCACAGAUCAUGUUCAACGCACUAAACCGGUACCUGUCGCGCCUCGACGGCGACGCGCGACCGCAGCAGCAGCGGGACGGCCCCGGCUUCGGCUUCCAAGUGCUGCGCAACACGAACCUCGAGCUCGGCAUAGAGCCGUGGUUCGACUUUAUCGUUGGCAUCAACGGCCGCGUCAUUGACAACCCCGACCCCCGCCUCUUCGCCCAAGAAGUCCGCAACUGCGCCGGCGCCAGCGUCGCCCUCGGGCUCUGGAGCGCCAAGGGUCAGCGAACACGAGUCCUCCACGUACCCGUCCCAGCCGACACGCGGUCGCUCGGCCUCUCACUACAAUGGACGCCUCUAGCCGUCGCCUCCAACGUAUGGCACGUGCUCGACGUGCCCGCGAACUCGCCAGCCGAUAACGCGGGGCUGUUACCAUAUAGCGAUUAUAUCCUGGGCACGCCGGACGGCACGCUGCACGGCGAGAGCGGGCUGGGCGAGCUGGUGGACGACUACAUCGGGCGCCCGCUGAAGCUGUGGGUGUACAACAACGAGUACAACGUGACGCGCGAGGUGGAGAUCGUGCCGAGCCGCGACUGGGGCGGCGAGGGCGCGCUCGGCUGCGUGCUCGGGUACGGCGCGCUGCACCGGCUGCCGCCGCCGCUGGACGAGCCCGUCAACGCGCCGGGCGAGAUGCUGUUCGACGUCGACGGCGGCGGCGGCGGCGGCGGGGCGACCGUGGGCGCGGGCGCGGACCAGUUCGCGACGCUGGCCCCGCCGAGCGACGCCUCUACUACGUUCGUGCCCGCCGCGUCGCCGGACUUCCUGGUCCCCGCGCAGGUCGUCUCGCCGCCUUCCCCGGCGGCGGGAAGCGUGCCGCCGCGGAGCAAGAAGAAAGAGAGGCACGGGCACGCUCCGAAGAGGCUGAUGGACGAUUACUUCGCGGAAGAGGAGAAGAAGAGCAGGGAGCUGGAUGGGAAUAUAGCCGCGAGCAAGACGCCGCCGCCGCCGCCUCCUAAGGCUGGUGGUGGGCCUCCGAGAGGGCCGCCUAAGGCUGAGAGCCCGAAAGAGGGUGAUGGGGAUGGAGGAGCGGACUAGACAUGGAAUUACAGCUACAGAUCACGUUUGCAGGAACAAUAUACCAAUAGCCUCACGAGGGA